AUUGCGAAAACGAUCGAAAAGAAAAAGUCGCCUCUUGAAUUUGUCGGAGUUUAUAUAUUAAGCCAUGACGAUUCGAAAGCCCUACAAAUUGCAUCAAGCAAGUUAAUUCACAUCCAGCAGCAUCUGCUUGUGCUUCAAGACAGAAGACAUGGACGUAUGAUGACCAAGCAAAGUGACAAAACGCUCGAGUUGCUGAGCUACCGUAGAGAUGCAUCAUCAGAUAGUCAUGAAUCACAAGAAUCCGUCAUCCGCCUCCUUAAAGAUGCAUUAGGCAUUUGCGAAUUACAAGAAUAUGUCGUCAGCCUCGAAAAACUGAUGAGAAUAGAUGAAAUACAAAAUGCGAUGGCAUCCAUACCAGAUCCGAGUAUUAACAAUGCAUCAAGUACUACUGAACCGCGAGGACCUGGCGUUCAGCCCAAAAAUAUGCAGGAUAUUACAGCAUCCGUAACACGUAGUAUCGAGAUACCGAUAAAGAAUAUAUCUGAUUUUAGUAGUAAUGAACCGGUUAUAAAUGGAAAAAUAGUAAGAAGGUUAUAUUAUCGACAGCAACAAGUGGCGCAGAAAUUUUUGGGCCAA